AUGGUCUGCACCGGUCAUCAUACCGAUCCUCACUGGCCAACACCAUUUCCUGGACAGAAAUCGUUCCAAGGAAAACUCGUCCACAGUCAUGACUACAAGGACCACAUAGGUUACGAAGAUCAGACAGUGGUUGUGGUUGGAAUAGGAAACAGUGGAGCUGACAUUGCAGUGGAACUUAGCAAAAUAUGCAAAAAGGUGUACUUGGCGACCAGAUCCGGAUCUUGGGUCAUGAAUCGCGUGUGGGACUGUGGAGAACCGGUCGAUCUAGCCAUUCUUAGCAGAUUUAUAUAUGGAUUCAAAUCAAUCACGCCGUGGUUUUUCCAGAAUUGGAUUCUAGAGAGGAAGCUCAAUAAAAGAUUUGACCACGGACGGUUUGGACUAAAGCCAAAACAUCAUGUACUCUCCGCUCAUGUCACAAUCAAUGAUGAACUUCCUAAUCGUAUUAUCUGCGGAACCGUAGUUGUGAGUUAA